UUAUUGUCUUAAAGCUGUAGCCUCCUCAAGCACCCAGCCUGCGAGUGUGAACGCGCGGGUGGUGUGUGCGCGCAGGAGAAGAAGCGCGAGACCGUGCGCGCUACCUAGGAAAGCUGCGGAGGACCGUGAAGUUGUUGUCUCGGGAGGGAGCGAGAGGAGAAAAAAAAAACAUAUCAAUUAUGUUCAAGCUGGGAAUUGGAAUUAAAUAACCGAUUAUAAUUAUGUCGAUUAUUUUAUCGGCUGGACCGAACGGUACUUUAUUUGCCGUGUUUUUGUUUGCUUAGAACAGGCACAGAAAAGAGUACCGAGUUGGGCUUGGGGCCGAAAAACGGGCUGCUCAUAUUGUCGGCUGGAGUUGGGGGGGCCGCGUUCAUCUUUUCAUGGCCACCUCGUAUUUUUAUUAAACGAAACUGAGAAACCGGGUAUAAGUGGUUCAGUAUACUUUCAGACGUUGCCGAUUCUAUAAGGUUAGACGCUGGUUCGUCUAACGUACCGAAAGAACCAGAGACGUCCGUGGAUGUGGUGGCCGCUUUAUUCUUGUGCGAAGUUAAGGCAUUUUCACUCGUUUUUAAUAUCUGGGCGAUCGUCGAACUUGUCUAAAAGUUGUGUUGUAUUUUGUUUACGGAGAAUGUGUUUAUAGUUGACCUGAGAUGAGAGAGAAAAUAUCCUACAUUAAGUGUACUUGUGUGAAGUAUAUGGCUACAUUUCUUUCAGGCGAUGGAAAUGACCACGCUGGAAGUAAAAUCUAACUGAUUAUUUUUUGAGAUUUUUUUUUAUAUAUACCACAAGACUGGAAAUUUAAACUUGCAUAAAAUAUAUAUUUCCACGUAAGUCAAGAUGUCAUUUUUUAAUUUCCGAAAAAUUUUUAAAUUGGGAGGUGAAAAGAAAAAAAAGCAGUACGAUCAUGUCAACAGAGAUGUCAAUCCAGAGGACUUCUGGGAGAUUAUUGGCGAGCUGGGAGACGGUGCCUUUGGCAAAGUGUACAAGGCCCAAAAUAAACAGAAUGGAAUAUUGGCUGCUGCUAAGGUGAUUGACACAAAGACAGAAGAGGAACUUGAAGAUUAUAUGGUGGAGAUUGACAUUUUGGCAUCCUGUGACCACCCUCACAUAGUUAAACUUCUGGAUGCUUUUUAUUAUGAAAGUAAACUCUGGAUAUUAAUUGAAUUUUGUGCUGGAGGAGCUGUGGAUGCAGUCAUGUUAGAACUAGAGAGACCUUUGACAGAACCACAAAUACGUGUGGUUUGUAAACAGACCCUGGACGCACUCUCUUACUUGCAUGAAAAUAAAGUCAUCCACAGAGACCUGAAAGCAGGAAACAUACUUCUUACGUUAGACGGUGAUAUUAAACUUGCGGACUUUGGUGUCUCUGCCAAGAAUACUCGAACCCUCCAACGAAGAGAUUCCUUUAUAGGAACUCCAUACUGGAUGGCACCAGAAGUAGUCAUGUGUGAAACCUCUAAAGACAGGCCCUAUGAUUAUAAGGCCGAUGUUUGGUCCUUAGGAAUCACAUUAAUUGAAAUGGCACAAAUAGAACCACCACAUCAUGAACUUAACCCCAUGAGAGUGUUGUUGAAAAUUGCAAAAGCAGAGCCUCCUACAUUAGCGCAACCUUCAAAAUGGUCUACAGAUUUUAAUGACUUCCUUAGAAAAGCUCUAGACAAGAGUUUGGAUAAUAGAUGGACCAUUCCCCAACUUUUACAGCAUCCAUUUGUGACAAGUGUGGCUGACAACAAGCCUCUUAGGGAGCUUAUUGCUGAAGCUAAGGCAGAGGUAACAGAAGAAAUUGAAGAGGCAAAAGAUGAAGAAGAGGAGGAGGAACCAGAGGCACAGCUGCUUGUUCCUGGACACCAGCGUGCUUCUUCAGAUGCCAGUAUUGCAAGCUCAGAGGAUGAAAAAUUGUCCCAGUCUACUUCUGUUAUGGAGUCUGUUUCUGAGAGACUUGAGCCUGAAAAUGUGGAGGACAAAGUCAGUGACAAACUAUCUGACGAGGGUAUUGGAACAAGUGAAGCUGACAAGAUGGAGAAUGAAAAACUAAUUGAGAACAACAUUUUAGACACUAGUAAUGAAGAUAUUGGCAAUGGUGAAGAUAUUCUAAUGGAAACUGAAGAGCAUUCACCCGAAGAAGGAAAGGUAGAGACAAUUUCUGACCUUCCAGUUGUUUGCAUUGAGGAAAAGACAAAUGAGACAAAUGUUACCAUCAUUGCAGUUGAUGAAGAAAUGAGCAGUGAGACAAAGGAAAAGAGUGAUGAAAUCCUGGAACAGAAAAUGUUACCAGAAAUUAACAUAAAUGAAGUUUCUGAAGCAGGAAUAAAGGAAAAUAAAGAUGAAUUGACUGUGAAAGAUAAUUCACUUGAUGUUUCUGAACCGGGUAAAGUGGAAACUAAAGAUGAAGUGACUAGGAAUGAUAAAUCACUUCUAGUUUCUAAACUGGAUAAUGAAUCACCUGAAGAGGAUACCACAAACCCUACUCAUGAAGAACAAAAGCCGGAAUUCAAAAAAGAAAGUGAUGUUGAACAUGGGGUUGAAAAUUGUGACAAUGAUUUAAGUCAAAGCAUACAUUUGCAGGAACAGAUCUUUACAAACAAGCAAGAAACUGAAUCUUCACACAAUGAAGAUGAUAAUAAAACAAUAGACACAUCUGAGACCUCUGUACCUGGGAACUGUAAGAUUGUUCUAAAGGUGACUGAAGAGUCCUCAAAAGAAGAUGAAAGUGCAGUUUUACUAAAUGAGACUGAACGUGUAGAACUGCCUAUAAAUUCCACUGUUUCUGAGUUAAAUGAAAAUGGAGGAGACCAAAGCAAAGGAAGAGCUGAGGAAGUUAUUGUACCUGUUGGGAAGGAAAUGAACAAAGUGGCAAAUCAAAGCGACGAGACUGAGUCUGACAAAACAAAGGAUAAAGAGAAAGACUCAGAUUCAGGGAGCAGCUGCCCUACAGAUAAUAAUAGCAUUGAUCUGAAUUUAUCUAUUUCUAGUUUCCUUACUAAAAAUAAAGACCCCGGUUCAGUCUCAUUUCAGGAUACCAGAAGGCACAAGAAAACUUUGAAGAAAACAAGAAAAUUUAUUGUCGAUGGGGUUGAAGUUAGUGUGACAACUUCAAAAAUUGUUACUGAUAAUGAUGCUAAAAGUGAAGAAAUGAGAUUUCUGAGACGUCAAGAACUUCGAGAGCUGAGGUUACUUCAGAAGGAGGAGCAACGAGCACAGCAGCAGCUGAGCACUAAACUUCAGCAGCAACGUGAACAAAUUUUCCGUCGUUUUGAACAAGAAAUGACUAGUAAAAAACGCCAGUAUGAUCAGGAGAUUGAAAAUCUAGAGAAACAACAAAAACAAAAAAUUGAGCGACGAGAGCAGGAACACACAAAUCACCUACGAGAUGAAGCAAAACGCAUAAAGGCAGAGCAAGAGAAGGAGUUGUCUAAGUUCCAGAACAUGCUGAAGAACCGUAAAAAGGAGGUAAAAAUUGAAGUGGAAAAAUCUCCUAAAGAGCAAAGAAAAGAGCUUGCAAAACGUAUGAAAGAGGAACUUGCCCAAAUACAUCAUGAUCAGGAACAAGAAUUUUUACAAAAGCAGCAGCAGGAGUUAGAUGGGGCGUUGAAAGUAAUCAUCCAGCAGCACAAGCUUGAGGUUGCAAGCAUUGAACGAGACUGCCUGAAUCAGAAACAACAACUUAUGCGAGCACGAGAAGCUGCAAUAUGGGAACUAGAAGAGCGGCACUUACAAGAAAAACAUCAGCUUUUGAAACAGCAGUUAAAAGAUCAGUACUUCAUGCAGAGGCAUCAGCUCCUUAAAAGGCAUGAAAAGGAAAUGGAGCAGAUGCAGAGGUAUAACCAAAGACUGAUUGAGGAGCUGAAAAACAGGCAAACACAAGAAAGGGGUCGACUGCCAAAAAUACAACGAAGUGAAGCAAAAACUCGCAUGGCCAUGUUUAAAAAGAGUCUUCGUAUCACGUCAUCUGGAUCACCAGAUCAGGACAGGGAAAAAAUCAAACGGUUUGCUGUCCAAGAAGAUAAAAGACAAAAGAAUGAAAGACUGCAGCAGCAUCAGAAACACGAGAACCAAAUGAGAGACCUCCAGCUCCAGUGUGACGCUAACAUUCGAGAGCUGCAGCAGCUUCAGAAUGAAAAGUGCCAUUUGUUAAUUGAGCAUGAGACACAGAAGUUGAAGGAGCUGGAUGAAGAGCACAGCAUGGAGCUGAAGGACUGGAGGGAGAAACUACGCCCCAGGAAAAAGGCUUUAGAAGAAGAAUUUGCAAGAAAACUCCAGGAGCAGGAAGUGUUUUUCAAAAUGAGUGGAGAAUCUGAAUGCCUUAACCCCUCGGCGCAAAGUCGAAUUUCCAAAUUCUACCCUGUACCGAGUCUGCAGUCAACAGGUUCCUAAUCAGAAGAAAGUGCUGACAUAUUCAUGAAGUUAUCGUGAGAGUACUCAGUUUAAUCUACUAUUGUUUUAUAUUACUAUGGAAAAAAUCAGUGUAUGCUUUUUUUAAACAUUGGACAAUUAGGUAUUAACCAUAAAGAUGGCAUUGCUGUAUCAAACCAUGUAGAUUCAGUGGAUAUUUUGUAAUCUUCCUUUAUUUUUGCAUUACAUAAAGAACAGAUGGAGUUCUACAACACCCUUUUAUUCUUCCACAAAUGACUCAGGUAUUAAGCCUGCUACAGAACUGAAUUUUAAUCAAAUUAUAUAAUUGUAGGUGCUUUCCUUUCUGAAAAUAUCAAAAAAGUGCCUGUUACGUCAGAUCCACUAAACAGUUUAUUUUUAGUACUCUUUAUUUUUCAAGUUGCUGCUGACAUUUCCCAGAUGUCUUUGCACUAAAUGUAUUUUGGGAUUUGUGAGAAGAUUCGUCGAUAUUUAUAAUACUAAAAUUUGUAGCCUUUUACAAGCAUUCCACCUCACAAAACUUUAGUGGAUUGUACUUUUGAAAUAUUUGGAUUGCACAUUUAUAAAUUAUUUCUUAUUGCAGUACAGAUUUUUCCUUUUCUGAAAUACCUUGUAAAGUAUGUUCAGUACGCGAUUGAUCGCUUUUUAAAACGAGAUGCAAGACACUCCUGACGUGCAUGAAGAACGUCCAGCUGCUGGCGCUGACCUGUGCUUGCCGUGAUCGGGUAUUCAGUGUUGCCCUUCGCUCCAUGUAGACACCUCUCUUCAUCGUCUGGUGCAUUUGGAUGAAAUGACAUAAAGUUAUGCUUUUGCACAAAAAGGAACACAUUUCUUAAAUCUUUAAUUUGAUGACAAAUUUAACUUCUUAGUUUCAGAAUAAGUAAAUAAAAGUGAAACUGAAAUGUUGGAUGUAGAGUUGGGCCCAAACUAUCUAAUGAAUGUAAGCUCUAUGCCACGUUUGGCACUGUUGCAUUUUGAAAGUUUUGCCAUUUAUUCUUUGUGAUUGUGGGCUAUUUAUUCUAAUCCAUAAACGCCUCGGCUGAUGUAAGUGAAUGCUGCUCUUGGAACCUGCUGCACAAAUACAAAUCUCUUUAUUUGUUUUUACGCCUCCUCAAACUCGGCUUGCAGGCCCCCUGGUGUUACUAGCGGCGGGCAGCAGGCUGUUUUGAGGGGUUGGUAUACCUUGGAGGAUAAGCUUAGGACGACUCUGCUCUGGUAUAACUGCUACGUAACUAGUUCAUAGCAAACUAAUCGACAUGGUUUUAUAGCCAAUAUAAAUUUACAUUAUGAUCCGCUUCUACUGCAGUUAGGUUAUUCUGUUAUUUUCUUUGCCUUUUCUUUUAUUAUACAAUAAUGCAAAUUGCUGAUGCAUAUUUAGACGAGCUGCAUUUGGGUUAAACACAAUUCAUUGAUUAGGUUGGCCAUUGGCACGUUUUUGGGUAUUAUAUGUCAAAAAAUGCACUAAAAGUUAUAGCUAAUGCUUAAUCACUUUAAUAUUUCAUAUUUAUGUACAGAAUGAUAAGUGCAAGGAUACAAAUAUCACUUAUGUUCUAUAAAAUCAUUUAUCAUGAAAGAGACACCGUUUUCUCAUUUCUUUAAUCCAGACUACUUCUGAGUAAUACAAGAACUUUGUUUUAUCAUAUUUUAAAACUCCACAGGUAAUUCUUCAGUUAAUGUAGAUCUGGUUAGUCAAACAAACAGAUCUUGAAUUUAAUAUUUCUGUAUGAAAUCAGAAUUAAGAGGUUGAUUCUGUAGACUUGGUUCUGCUGUAAAUAAAAUGUUUAAAUAUUUAAUGAUGCAUUAUAUCAGGCAUAGACUAAUGAACAAUCUGUUAAUAAAAAUGAUAAACUGCUGUUUACGAAUGUGACUACUAAGAUUUGUCUCUAAACCGUCGGCAGCAAAAGGCAGACAAUGUCCCUCGAAACAUGAAGUUUAAUAAUAGAAGUAGUGUAGAUCGGGGUCCUCAGUUAUGGUUCUGCAGGUUUUUCUUCCAGCCAGAUUCAUAGAAGCCAGGCCUGGCAGAUGAAGGAACUUGGCAUUUAGUGGUAUGGCUCCUUACUGCUUAUGUUCUUCCAAGACUUUUUUUUUUUUGUUGUUUUCUGAGAACCUCAUCCAUCCAUCCAUCCACAUGUUUGUGAUCUUGGACAGAUUUGUAGCUCUUGGUCUUUUCCUUCUUUCUCAUUGACUUUAUCACAUUUUGUUAACACAGCUUUAAAUGGAAGCAUGUUAGCUGGCGAGCUAGUGGUUCUAAGUAAAGAAAGGGAACACCUGCCAGCUACUAGAGCCCUGCAGGAUGUAACUGAGGAGCCCUGCCUUAGCGUUACGUUUGACUAUCCAAAGCACAUUCAUAACCUUAGUUUAUGUACAAUAGUUGACUUUCCCUUCACCGUGAGAAGAAGCAAAUAAGGAGCUUUAAAAAGAAAAAAGAUUUCAAAUAAGUCCCCUUCCACAUUUUAUAUUUUUGGUACACUUUUAUUACAAAUACUUUAAAAAAAUAUUGCAUUUCCAUCUGCUUUACUGUGAACAAAUGAAGCUCUCAAAUUUCAUAGCAUUGGUAGAAGUGCCUACUGUAGAAUGACUGACCGCGGUUUUAUUGCCAAACUGGGUGGUGAAUUUCUUUUCUUUUUCAUUUUGACGUACAUGCAGAUGACAUCUCCAAGUUAAAUAAAAUGUUUGGGUCUGCUCUGUAUAGUAUGAAAUGCAAGUAACGCAAUGAUCAGUAAAAAUAACACAGCCUUCUUAAAUUCAUUGUUAUACCAACUUGCCAGAAUUCAUUUUUUAACAGGAAUAAAACUGAUUUCAUUAAGUGUGUAGGCACAAAUAUGUCAAUUUAAAGACAGGAGUUGUUUGGAUAGAAUUUUUAUAAAUUGCACUUUAAAAAUUAUUUUUCACAAAAAAAAAAUCAGUAUCGCUUCGUCAGCAACAUCUAGUCCAACAAACUGUUUAAAGUUUUCAAACAUAUUUAAAUGCAAGCCACCAAAGAAAACAACAGGUAUUUCUUUUACAAUCGUUAUGCAAUUGUUGAUGCUAAGGAAACUGAGCAAAAAAGCAUGCAGUGUGAGAGUUUAAGAUUUUUCAAAAAUGGGAUGAUACACCCGUAUGUGUGCAUUAACAGUGACAUGGACUGCGUGAGACUUACUGACCAUGUCGUCUAGUUUAUUAUUCCACUUCUGCACACUCUGCUGUACGCAUUUUAAGAAAGGCACAAUCUCUUUGCUGUGCUUUCUCUGCAGAGGUGUGUGGUAACGUGAGAACUUCAAACUUGCACAGAUAAGUAUUUUUGCAAUAUUAAAGGUAAAUGAUAAAUAUCUUCCAUUUAUCACACUGUUGAUUCUAAAGUGAAUUUUACUAUAAAUUGAAAUGUGAUUGAUUGUUAAAAGGAAAAUGGUGCCGUUACGUAUCUUGCCCUUAGCCAGUUAGAAU